AUGCCCCCGACGACAGCUUUUGGUGAAGAUUCUCUGGUCUACCUCACGUUGAACGUGAAUGCAGACCUGAAGCGUGAAAGUGUUCGCGGUGUAUGUACACUUCAACAUGGGGUUGGCAGCAACGUGCGACUGGCCGUCUUCUGCCCUGACGAAGAAGCCCCCGCCAUGUUGGCGCUUGGAGCAGACUACGCGGGCGUCGACGCCUUGCUCCCUCGCAUUGCGAAAGGAUGGGUCGGCUUCGACAAAACGUUGGCCGUCGCGAGUGUCAUGCCGAAGCUCCUGAAGGUCGCCCGCGUCCUCGGUCCUCGAAAACUGAUGCCUUCGCCGAAAUCCGGCACUGUCGUGACGAAUCUCUCUGAGGCCGUCCGGGCUGUCAAGCAAGGGGAGGCGGUUGAGUUCCGCGCGGAAGGCGACUCCGGGGAGGUUCGAGUCGUCGUCGGGCGACAAGAUUUCGAGGCGUCUCAACUGCUCGAGAACAUCAAAUGCGUCGUAAAAGAGGUGCUGAAGGCGCGACCGCGCUCGAGUGGAACGCGGCAGGACGAAGCAACGCAGGCGUUUGCGCGGUCGUUCGUUUGGCCUCCUCUCCACUUUGUUGAGAGGAGACGGCGGCUGCUCAUGGAGAAGAAUCUUCUGCCGGCGAUACCAGAGCUGGCUAGAAACCGAGCGCGCCAACAGAAGGCCAGCGCAGAUGCCUUCAUCGUCGCAGGCGCACUCUGGGCUCAAGGCACCCCCGCGAUUCAAAUGGAUCCUGCCCAGCUCCUUCCGGCCUCCGUGGGCUACUACCGUUGA